CAGAAAAUUCUACGCAUCCAUCCUUGCAAGAGCCAUGCACACAAUGCACAUCAAGUGGCAGUGAUUGUUGUGUUAGUGUCUUGUGUAUCCAUGUGUCCUCAGAUCAAGCUUCUGCUCAGUGAAAAGCACAUAUGGAAAUGAAUCAAACUGCUGAAAGGGACUUACAGAAAGAAAACUAUACACAUUUUGGAUUUGGCCUGGUGCAUUUCUGUAAGAGCUGCAUUUCAUCACUGAGGCAUUACAGGUUAACAGACUCAUCAGAAAGUUUUUAUGUUGGACUUUUGUCUGCAGUAUGGGCCUCAAAUACAUCUGAGUCAUCAAAAAUGAAGAAAACCACACCUGCCACUGUGUUCUCCUUUAGAGAUGCACACAGCGAUGAGAUUUGCUAUCAGACCGUUUCUAGUGACUUAGAGGAUGUUUUGAAGGAAACCAAAGCUGUUGUAGCCACCCUUGUUCCUGAGCAGUACAAGCCGACUGCUAUUGAAGCAAAAAGUCAUAGUAUUCUAGGAAGGCCACUCUAUAUAGCCAGCAAUGCAAAUGGAGAUAUUCUUUGGACAGAUGCUGAGUAUGAAUUUGUUGGGAUGGGUAAUAGACACAUACCUACCAAGUGCAUUGCUCUGUGUCAAUGGGAUAAGCCAG